GACCUGAAACAGGCCGCGAAGGAGCAAGCAUCCCGGGAUUUCCCUUGGGAGCAGCCAGAAGCUUCGAGCCCUCCAGCAGCGCGAGGUCGCGGGGAACGUGCGCUCAAGAGACAGAACGCCAUGGAUCGAAAGAACACGUCCAUUGCUACGGACUUGCAGAAGGUGCUCCUUCCGCAGCAGCAGAUCCGGCCGACCCGAGUCGCGGGAUUUCUCUGCGCCCAGUUUGACCUGGACCUCUUCCUGCUGUCUGGAGGAGUUUUCCCUGGUCUGCUGGGCAUCGGGCUCUUGGGGGACAUCCAUUAUCAGCCGGCGACGAAAUGCUUUGGUUGGACCGCAGAGCUCUACCUGAUGCUUUCCAUUGGUUUCAGUGUGUUUGGCAUGGACUUCCGCGUUGCCGUGGUGGUCAUUGCAACGUUGGUCGUGACCGAGCGUCCGCUAGCGGCCGGCUCCAAAGAUCUUGUCUGGGAGCUUCCAGAAGGCUUCGACACCACGCACUGUCACAACAAGAACCCUUUCUCCUUGAUUGCUUCAACCAGCAGAGAAGGAUGGGGCUUCAUCUACACGCACAUCCUAACCUACAAGUACUUGCAGCAUGCAGAGGUCGAGGUCCAGAGAUAUCUGGAGAAGAACAAGGACGACAUCAACAAUUUCAAGAGGUACCUCGACUUGAUAGAGCCUCCCCGGGCCUUGCCUACCAAAGUGGUCUCCGCGAAUCAAAGCCAAGGCCUCGCCAAAGAAGGCAUCAUGGGCAGUGUGCAGGUGUCUGGGCGCUGGGGA